UGGAGCUGUACCUUGACUUCGAGCCCAUCGCAUGUACGAUGAAUCGCCAAUCAGCAUCCCGAGCCUCUCUAGCGUGUUGGCCAUGCCGGACUCAGCAUCUCAAAUGCGACGCGGCACUCCCUAUAUGUGCACGAUGUCAAACCCUGCUGAAAGCGUGCUCAUACCCCGAAUCACGACGUAGCGGUAGAUACAAGGCCGCGAACUCCAGGAGAAAGCAGCAUAAAAUAUCAUGCCUUGCCUCUCAUGUGCUGACACCGUCCGAUACACAUACCUCCGUGCUCGGAGGAGAAGAUCACGAUCACUCGUCAGUCUCCACCUCAUCCCAGAUACCACUGGCCUCGGCCAUCGAAGUCGAGAACAGUAUGGGCGCGAACAAUACCCUGUUGGAUUUAUACUACGAAUACUUUCAUCGCAGCCAUCCAUUUGUCCUGCCGAGGCCCAAUCUUAAAGCCAAACUAGCGUCUGAAUGGUCCAGCCUACGGGCGCUGCUCGCCGUCAUGCAAUAUAUUGGUUCAUCUUACGGGGAGGGGGACUCUUCCUCGAGAAGAGAGCGCAUGCCAGACGAGCAAAGUAUUGACGUGGUGGACGGAUUCGUAGUUCAAACGACGCUAUUAUUAGCACUAGCCAAGAGCAUGUGUGCUGAGCGGGCUGCCUCCGAAGUGCUUCUGGCAAAAUCCAUCGAGCAAGCCAGGCUGAUCGGCAUGCACACCAGGGCUUUUGCCGAUGUGGCGGCCGAAAACGACCCUGUGCUCGCCGAGAGCUGGAGGCGGACAUGGUGGAUGCUUUACUUGGCUGACCUGAACUUUUCCGUUAUCCGCUACGACUUCAUUACAUCGAUCCAUGACACGGAUCACGAUGUCGACCUACCUUGUGAUGACCUCGACUACUGCGCCACGGAUAUCCCACGAACCAGAGCCUCCUCCAUCGAUUACCGAAACCGAGAGUACGCGCUGGCGACCACGCGCUUCUCAUCAUUUGCCUAUCUUAUCGAUGCAACGCGCAUUUUUGUCUGCUCAUUGAGAGUGGCAACUCAAUACGAAAACCCACCGAAGGCGGAACUCCUCUGUAGCGACUUGGAGGCUUCUAUCGUUGGUUGGUUUGUCAUGCUUCCGCCCGACAAAUGGGAGCUUGCCGUACAGCCUGAUCUCCUAGAUCAACUCAUCUUCCAAGCUCACAUGAUGAUGUACACAGCUCUGGCAUAUAUCCAUCGGCCAUUGUCGAACCUUCAAUACGAUCCCGCGGAAGACUUGUCAAGCUGUGGCACACCUCCACGACCUCUAGUCUCCAGCACGAUAACUACGGGCGCGUUCAAUCAUCGAACGCACUCGGACAAGUUAUUCCAAGCCGUCCGCAAUCAAAACCAGUGCUUGAUCCUGCUGCCUUUAGGUGCCGCCCAGCUUUCACCCUUUCUCAUUUGCAUGAUAGCGUGCUGCACGAUUGCCUACCUGGUCGCCUGCAAGUCGGGAUUGACACCGGAUGAGGUCGAGGUGGCGCGGUCGCGCAUACGAGUCUGCCUGGGUACGCUCAAGCAUUACGAAAAUAUUUGGCCCAGAGCCAAGAAUAUCCUGCAUGAACUGCGAGUUAUAGCCAAUGCUCUUAUGCGAGCGGAUUCGGUCCCUCGAGCUCCAAGUACCGGGUUUGACCUGCUCGCUGAACAGGAUGCCAUGGUUGCCAAUAUAUUCGACGGAGAGUGGCUUCAUGCACUAGGAAGCAUGACCUGAGGCAAUUCCAUUGGCACAUUUCGGUCAGGGCAUCAUGUGCCUGCACCUCCAUCUAUAAACGAACGACGAUACAAAACGCAUUUUCAAUUGAAAAGAAAAAAGCAUAGUCGGCCGCGUCGUUGAGAAUGGCAUGACCCAGUUGGCUCGAUGGUAGUUUUUAGAUGUCUUUCUUUUAGAUGGCUUCCUUAAGCUUUCUAGGUAGAGAGUGUGAAAAUGAGUUUUCUACAUAUAACAGAUCUCAACAUUGGCUGCCUGCGGCAUGAUAUUGAGAUGUAGCACCGACCCCAGACCAUCCUUCGACUCACAUUACCUCUACCUGCACUCACUGAUGGUAUAGGUAUGUAGAUUAAGAAGGUAUUAGUUCACGGUGCGAGGUGGAAAAGAUCCG